CGGAUCACUAGCUGGCGUUUCCUAGCACUAGCAGAGUUGGAAACGAAUAGUCCGCUUCCAUUUUGAUUCCUUCGUCCAUCGUCUCGUAGCUCUCGUCCUCUCCCUCUCCCUGCUUCCUUCCAGCGUUCCGGAAGCGGUAGAAAAGAUGGAUCGAUCCCAAAUCCUGCUGUUAGGGUUACCAAUCUUCCUGUUCUGCUCCGAUGUAUUCAACCUCUUCUUAACUUCUCCUCCGCCUCCCAAACCAUCCAAGCAUGGCGAUAUCCAUAUCCAUCAAUCCCCGCCCAAACUCCAACAGCCGCAGCAGCCCCUCCAGUUCCCCACCCAGAAAUCGACUCCCUCGAUCGGAGGAUUGGGCAGCGUUGGCGUUGGCAGCACUGUUAACAUCAACUUCUGCAGUUCUUGCUCUUACAGAGGGACUGCUGUAACAAUGAAAAACAUGUUGGAGUCUGAGUUCCCUGGCCUGCAAGUGGUUUUAGCGAAUUACCCACCACCACUGCCAAAACGCCUUUUGGGGAAAUUAGUGCCAGUGUUUCAGUUUGGGAUGAUUGGUUUGAUUAUGGGAGGUGAGCAGAUUUUCCCCAGGCUAGGGUUUGCUGCUCCACCUGCUUGGUACUAUUCCUUGCGAGCCAACAGGUUUGGAAGUAUUGCAAGUGCUUGGAUGUUAGGCAACUUCUUCCAGUCCUUCCUCCAGAGCUCUGGUGCCUUUGAAGUUUACUGCAACGGGGACAUGGUUUUCUCUAAGCUGCAAGAGCACAGGUUCCCUGGUGAAAUUGAGCUGAGGGAUAUGGUUGGGAAAAAGCUGGCUUACUCACCAAGCGUUAUUUAGGGAGAUAGCAGCCACCUGACCUUUGCUGCCGUCUUUGGAAUCUCUAUUAUGAUCUGGAUGCUGUGCUUCACACGAGUAUGAUGACCAAGGAAAGGUUUCAAGAUGCAUCUGUGUACUCUCCAUUCAACUUGUAGCCUUUUAUUUCUCUACUACAUCUUCACUUUUCACACACAGUUUGAUCUAGGCAUAAGCUUCACAAAGACAUGAUAAUUUUGUGUGCGGG